ACAACUUGAAGCAACUUGUUGGAGUCCCAAUUAAUAAGUGCGGAACUCACUACCGAUUUCAUAUAUAUGCAGCAUUUCCGAUCCCUUCCUUGCUCAUGGCAAAUCUCAUAUACUACUCAUUGCUCAUCAUUCUUCCUUUCCUACUCCUGAUUAAUUUCUACAAAGCUAUGUUCAGCUCCCGCAAGCAAGCCGGACGGCUUCCACCGUGCCCAUGGCAGCUCCCUAUCAUGGGUAGUAUACACCAUUUGAUCGGUGAUCUCCCACACCGCUCCUUACAUGAUCUAUCACGACGGUAUGGGCCUGUCAUGUUACUCAAGUUUGGACAGGUACCAUUCAUUAUUGUUUCUUCCCCGGAGGCUGCCAAGGAUAUCAUGAAGACUCAUGACAGCAUAUUUGCGAUGAGACCGCAAAGCGAGAUAAUGAAGAUCAUUACAAAGAGAGGACAGGGGCUUGUGUUCGCGCCCUAUGAUGAUCAAUGGAGGCAGCUCCGUAAGAUCUGCAUCCGUGAGCUCUUGUGUGCCAAGCGUGUCCAGUCCUUCUGCGCCAUCCGGGAAGAGGAGGCUGCACGCCUUGUGAAGUCCAUAUCAAGUGAUCAAGCACAUCUAGUGAACCUCAGUAAGAAGCUUGCCGACUAUGCUACCGACGCAGCUAUUCGCAUCAUCACUGGUACUAGGUUUGAGAAUCAAGAGGUUCGCGACAAAUUCCAGUACUACCAAGAUGAGGGUGUUCAUCUUGCGGCAAGCUUCUGCACAGCCAACCUAUGCCCAUCUCUCCAGCUUGGAAACACUCUGAGCCGAACUGCUCGCAAAGCAGAGAUAUAUCGGGAGGGGAUGUUUGCAUUCAUAGGUGGGAUUAUUGAUGAACACCAGGAGAGGAGAGCACAAGAUAUGUAUCAUAAGGAAGACUUGAUAGAUGUACUCCUAAGGAUCCAGCAGGAAGGCUCUCUUGAGUCCCCAGUUAGCAUGGAAACAAUCAAGUUCUUAAUUUUUGAUAUUUUGGCUGGGGGAAGUGAGACAGUGACAACAGUAUUACAGUGGGCUAUGACAGAACUAAUGAGGAAUCCAACAGUGAUGUCCAAGGCGCAAGACGAAGUUAGGGAGGUUUUCAAGUGGAAAAAGAUGGUAAGUAAUGAUGAUAUAAAUAAACUCACUUACCUGCAGUUUGUUAUUAAGGAGACUGUACGGUUACAUACCCCGGGGCCACUUUUCAUGAGGGAGUGCCAGGAGCAAUGUCAAGUGAUGGGCUAUGACGUGCCAAAGGGUACAAAAUUUCUACUAAAUCUGUGGUCGAUCUCAAGAGAUCCGAAAUAUUGGGAUGAUCCAGAAACAUUCAAACCUGAGAGAUUCGAGAAUGAUGCAAGAGAUUUCAAAGGAAAUGACUUUGAAUUCAUUCCAUUUGGUGCUGGGAGAAGGAUGUGCCCUGGUAUGUUGUUUGGGCUCGCCAAUAUUGAGCUGGCUCUUGCAAACCUUUUAUUUUAUUUUGACUGGAGUCUUCCCGACGGAGUUCUACCCAGUGAAUUGGACAUGACAGAAAACUUUGGAGUUACUGUCCGGAAGAAGGAAGAUCUCUUGUUGCAUGCUUCUCUAUAUGCACAACUUUCUUGCUGAUUAUUUCCAUGGUGAAUAAUUCAAUGGUUGUAAUUUUAAUGAUUUAUUAUUUUGUCAGUAUCCUCAUUGUUUGAGGCUUUGAUGUUGUGGUUUUCUUUAGCAGAAUAUACAUCUGCUGCAUAUAGUAUGUUUAAAAACUAAUAUC